AUGCCCAUGACCAGCAGAGAGCGCUCCUCUGCUUGUGCUUCCUCUGCUUGCGCUUCCUCUACUUGUGCUUCCUCUCCUUGUGCUUCCUCUCCUUGCGCUUCCUCUGCUUGCGCUUCCUCUGCUUGCGCUUCCUCUGCUUGUGCUUCCUUUGCUUGCGCCUCCUCUGCUUGUGCUUCCUCUGCUUGUGCUUCCUCUGCAUAUGCUUCCUCUGCUUGCGCUUCCUCUGCUUGUGCUUCCUCUGCGUGCGCUUCCUCCGCUUGUGCUUCCUCUGCUUACGCUUCCUCUGCUUGCGCUUCCUCUGCUUGUGCUUCCUCUGCUUGCGCUUCCUCUGCUUGUGCUUCCUCUUGCGCUUCCUCAGCUUGUGCUUCCUCUACUUGCGCUUCCUCUGCUUGUGCUUCCUCUGCUUGCGCUUCCUCUACUUGUGCUUCCUCUGCUUGCGCUUCCUCUGCUUGUGCUUCCUCUGCUUGUGCUUCCUCUGCUUAUGCUUCCUCUGCUAGUGCUUCCUCAGCUUGUGCUUCCUCUGCUUGCGCUCCUCUGCUUGUGCUUCCUCUGCUUGUGCUUCCUCUGCUUGCGCUUCCUCUACUUGUGCUUGCUCUGCUUGUGCUUCCUCUGCUUGCACUUCCUGCUUCCUCUGCUUGUGCUUCCUGUGCUUGCGCUUCCUCUGCUUGUGCUUCCUCUGCCUGCGCUUCCUCUGCUUGCGCUUCCUCUGCUUGUGCUUCCUCUGCUUGUGCACCCUUUUCUUUCGCUUCCUCUGCUUGUGCUUCCUUUGCUUGCGCUUCCUUUGCUUGUGCUUCCUCUAUAUGCGCUUCCUCUGGUUUUGCUUCCUCUGCGUGCGCUUCCUCUGGUUGUGCUUCCUCUUCUUGCGCUUCCUUUGCUUGUGCUUCCUCUACAUGCGCUUUCUCUGCUUUUGCUUCCUCUGCGUGCGCUUCCUCUGCUUGUGCUUCCUCUGCUAACGCUUCCUCUGCUUGCGCUUCCUCUGCUUGUGCUUCCUCUGCUUGCGCUUCCUCUGCUUGCGCUUCCUCUGCUUGUGCUCCCUCAGCUUGCGCUUCCUCUGCUUGUUCUUCCUCUUCUUGCGCUUCCUCUGCUUGUGCUUCCUCUGCUUGUGCUUCCUCUGCUUGUGCUUCCUCUGCUUGUGCUUCCUCUGCUUGUGCUUCCUCUGCUUGUGCUUCCUCUGCUUGUGCUUCCUCUGCUUGUGCUUCCUCUGCUUGCGCUUCCUCUGCUUGUGCUUCCUUAGCUUGUGAUUCCUCUGCUUGCGAUUCCUUUGCUUACGCUUCCUUUGCUUGUGCUUCAUCUGCUUACGCUUUCUCUGCUUGCGCUUCCUCUGCUUGUGCUUCCUUUGCUUGCGCUUCCUCUGCUUGUGCUUCCUCUGCUUGCACUUCCUCUGCUUGCGCUUCCUCUGCUUGUGCUUUUGACGCUUGCGCUUCCUCUGCUCAUGCUUCCUCUGCAUGUGCUUCCUCUGCUUGCGCUUCCUCUGCUUGCGCUUCCUCUGCUUACGCUUCCUCUGUUUGUGCUUCCUCUUCUACUUCUUCCUGUGCUUGCGCUUCUUCUGCUUGCGCAUCCUUUGCUUGUGCUUCCUCUGCUUACGCUUUCUCUGCUUGCGCUUCCUCUGCUUGUGCUUCCUUUGCUUGCGCUUCCUCUGCUUGUGCUUCCUCGGCUUGCGCUUUCUCUGCUUGUGCUUCCUCUGCUUGCGCUUCCUCUGCUUGUGCUUCCUCUGCUUAUGCUUCUUCUGCUUGUGCUUCCUAUGCUUGCACUUCCUAUGCUUGUGCCUCCUCUGCUUGCGCUUCCUCUGCUUGUGCUUCCUCUGCUUACGCUUCCUUUUCUUGUGCUUCCUCUGCUUGCGCUUCCGCUGCUUGCGCUUCCUCUGCUUGUUCUUCCUCUGCUUGCGCUUCCUCUGCUUGCGCUUCCUCUGCUUGCGCUUCCUCUCCUUGCGCUUCCUCUACUUGCGCUACCUCGGCUUGUGAUUCCUCUGCUUGCGCAUCCUCUGCUUGUGCUUCCUCCGCUUGUGCUUCCUCUUCUUGUACUUCCUCUUCUUGUGCUUCCUCUGCUUGUGCUUCCUCUACUUGUGCAUCCUCUGCUUGUGCUUCCUCUGCUUGUACUUCCUCUACUUGCGCUUCCUCUGCUUACGCUUCCUCUGCUUGCGCUUCCUCUGCUUACGCUUCCUCUGCUUACGCUUCCUCCACUUGCGCUCCUCUACUUGCGCUUCCUCUGCUUACGCUUCCUCUAGUUACGCUUCCUCUGUUUGCGCUUCCUCUGCUUACGCUUCCUCCACUUGCGCUCCUCUGCUUGCGCUUCCUCUGCUUACGCUUCCUCUGCUUGCGCCUCCUCUGCUUGCGCUUCCUGUGCUUGUGCUUCCUCUGCUUGUGCUUCCUCUGCUUGCGCUUCCACUGCUUGCGCUUCUUCUGCUUGUGCUUCCUAUGCUUGCGCUGCCUCUAUUUGCGCUUCCUCUGCUUGCGUUUCCUCUGCUUGCGCUCUUCUGCUUGUGCUUCCUCUCCUUGCGCUUCCUCUGCUUCUGCUUCCUCUACUUGCGCCUCCUCUGCUUGUGCUUCCUCUACUUGCGCUUCCUUUGCUUGCGCUUCCUCUGCUUGCGCUUUCUCUGCUUGUGCUUCCUCUGCUUAUGCUUCCUCUGCUUGUGCUUCCUCUGCUUGCGCUUCCUCUGCUUGUGCUUCCUCUACUUGCGCUUCCUUUGCUUGCGCUUCCUCUGUUUGCGCUUCCUCUGCUUGCGCUUCCUCUGCUUGCGCUUCCUCUGCUUGCGCUUCCUCUGCUUGGGCUCCUCUGCUUGUGCUUCCUCUGCUUAUGCUUCCUCUGCUUGCGCUUCCUCUGCUUGUGCUUCCUCUGCUUGUGCUUCCUCUACUUGCGCAUCCUCUGCUUGUGCUUCCUCUACUUGCGCUUCCUCUGCUUGCGCUUCCUCUUCUUGUGCUUCCUCUGCUUGCGCUUCCUCUGCUUGUGCUUCCUCUGCUUGUGCAUCCUCUGCUUGCGCUUCCUCUGCUUGCGCUUCCUCUGAUUGUGCUUCCUCUGAGAGCGCUUCCUCUUCUUGUGCUUUCUCUGCUUGCGCUUCUUCUGCUUGUGCUUUCAUUGCUUGUGCUUCCUCUGCUUGCGCUUCCUCUUCUUGUGCUUCUUCUGCUUGUGCUUCCUCUACUUGCGCUUCCUCUGCUUGGGCUCUUGUGCUUGUGCUUCCACUGCUUGUGCUUCCUCUGCUUGCGCUUCCUGUGCUUGUGCUUCCUCUGCUUCUGCUUCCUCUGCUUGCACUUCCUCUGCUUGCGCUUCCUCUGCUUGCGCUCCUCUGCUUGUGCUUCCUCUACUUGUGCUUCCUCUGUUUGCGCUUCCUCUAGUUGUGCUUCUGCUGCUUGUGCUUCCUCUGCUUGUGCUUUCUCUGCUUGUGCUUCUUCUGCUUGCGCUUCCUCUGCUUGCGCUUCCUCUGCUUGCGCUUCCUCUGCUUGUGCUUCCUCUGCUUGUGCUUCCUCUGCUUGCGCUUCCUCUGCUUGCGCUUCCUCUGCUUGCGCUUCCUCUGCUUGUGCUUUCUCUGCUUGCGCUUCCUCUACUUGUGCUUCCUCUGCUUGUGCUCCUCUGCUUGCGCUUCCUCUGCUUGCGCUUCCUAUGCUUGUGCUUCCUCUUCUUGCGCUUCCUCUGCUUGUGCUUCCUCUGCUUGCUCUUCCUUUGCUUACGCUUCCUCUGCAUGCGCUCCUCUGCUUGUGCUUGAUCUGCUUGUGCUUCCUCUUCUUGCGCUUCCUCUGCUUGUGCUUCCUCUGCUUGUGCUUUCUCUGCUUGCUCUUCCUCUGCUUGCGCUUCCUCAGCAGGCGCUUCCUCUACUUGGGCUCCUCUGCUUGUGCUUCCUCUGCUUGUGCUUCCUCUGCUUGUGCUUCCUCUGCUUGCGCUUCCUCUGCUUGCGCUUCCUCUGCUUGCGCUUCCUCUGCUUGCGCUUCCUCUGCUUGUUCUUCCUCUGCUUGCGCUUCCUCUGCUUGCACUUCCUCUGCUUGA